UAAGUUUCCAGGGAGUGACUAAUCCCAGAAGAAACCUCGAUUUUUGUGUACAUGGCAGGUUCAUAAACAACGUGAUGUUGGUGGCACGCAGACUACAUAUGCACGCGAGCACCAUUUGCUUGUCGGAGGUGCUCGAUUUGAAGCGUCGGUCACUCCAUGGCCACUGUUCAAAUGUUCUUCACCAUCUUCUUCGUCGUCAUGCUCCCGGCUCAGGGGCAGCUCACCCCGGAUUUCUACGAUGCAGUGUGCCCGCAAGCACUGCCCACCAUCCGAGCAGUGGUGGAGGCGGCCGUCGCGCUCCAGCCACGCUUGGGUGCGUACCUCGUCCGAUUGCACUUCCAUGACUGCUUCGUAAACGGUUGCGAUGGCUCGGUGUUGCUGGAUGAUUCCGCCACCUUCGUCGGAGAGAAGACGGCGGGACCGAAUAACAAUUCCCUGAGAGGGUUCGAAGUAAUAGACGACAUCAAAGCUGUCGUGAACGCGGCAUGCUUCGGAAACGUAGUCUCUUGUGCUGAUAUCUUGGCCGUCGCCGCGAGGGACUCGAUCGUAGCGUUAGGUGGAAGCUCGUACGAGGUGCUACUUGGCCGAAGAGACGCGACGACGGCGAGCAAGGACGACGCAAACGCCGACAUCCCCACGCCGUUCUCCGGCUUGCCAGACCUCUUGGCGAAGUUCCAGUCCCACGGCCUGGCCGUCGAGGACCUCGUCGCCCUCUCCGGAGCUCACACCCUCGGGUUCGCUCGGUGCGCCCUGUUCCGGGAUCGGCUCUACAACGAGACCUCCACCAUCGACAGCGACUUCGCGAGCGCCCUCCAGGCGCGAUGCCCGCGGACCGGCGGAGACAACGAGCUGUCGCCGCUGGACGAAACGUCGCCGGCGGUCUUCGACGUCGGUUACUACCGAGGUCUGCUGCAGAACAAGGGGCUGCUGCACUCGGACCAGCAGCUGUUUGGGGGCGACGGGAGCGACGACACGGACGCCCUGGUGCAGCACUACAGCGAGAACCCCGGCAAGUUCAUGGCUGACUUCGGCGCGGCGAUGAUCAAGAUGGGGAGCAUAAGCCCUUUGACGGGGAGCGAUGGGGAGAUUCGCGAGAACUGUCGGGUGGCGAAUGCAUGAUCGGCCGAGUCCCUGAGAAGUCUUACGCCCACGGCGUUCGUGUGUCUGCUUGUUCGUGCCGAUGGCACGAGUGUGGUGUUCGCUUUUUAUGUUGGCACGCAAUGUUGAAUCGUGCCAAUGAUAUGUUCGUCAAGAAAAAGAGAAAAAAGUGGUGUUGUUGAACUCCGCCUCAUCAUAUUAUUAUGAAAUAUUUUGGGUGAUUUACUGAAAAAUAUUUCUCUUUUUUCUU